AAGCACAGCCAUUUUCGCCACAUUUGAGCAAAUCUACGGCAACGUCGCUGCUUAUUUUUGUCUCGUGAAUUAAAGUGAAUAUUUCCGGCCAGUUAGCUUCCGUUGUGGACACUUUUAAGAGCUGUUUCUCUGUCCUUCGUUGUCAAAUGUCAGCUUUGCGUGUAUGAAGCCAGGCAAUGUCCACCAUGGUGUAUCCUCGUGAAGAAGCCCUGGAGCGACUGAGCCAGGAUGAGAUCGUGCUCAACACCAAGGCCGUCAUGCAGGGCCUGGAGACGCUGCGUGGCGAACAUGCCCAGCUCCUCAACUCCCUGCUGGACUGCACUCAGCCUCCCGCCGCACAGGAGAAGUCCGGGCUGCUCCGCAAGAGUCUGGAGGCCAUCGAACUCGGCCUGGGAGAGGCUCAGGUGAUCAUCGCCCUGUCCAGCCACCUCAGUGCCGUGGAGUCAGAGAAGCAGAAGCUGCGCGCUCAGGUGCGCCGGCUGUGUCAGGAGAACCAGUGGCUGCGCGACGAGCUGGCGGGAACGCAGCACAAGCUGCAGCGCAGCGAGCAGAGCGUCGCUCAGCUGGAGGAGGAGAAGAAGCACCUGGAGUUCAUGAAUCAGAUCAAGAAGCUGGACGACGACGUGUCGCCCUCUGAGGAGAAGAGCCAGAGUUCAGGCGGCGGCGGCAGUGGAGCAGGAGACACUUCCAAGGACAGUCUGGAUGAUUUGUUCCCCAAUGACGAUGACCAGGGACCAGCUCAGCCCAGUGGCGAGGUUGCGGCGCAGCAGGGCGGCUACGAGAUCCCGGCGCGUCUCCGGACGCUGCACAACCUGGUGAUCCAGUACGCGUCGCAGGGGAGGUAUGAGGUCGCAGUGCCACUGUGCAAACAAGCCCUGGAGGACCUGGAGAAAACGUCAGGACAUGACCAUCCCGACGUGGCCACCAUGCUCAACAUCCUGGCCCUGGUGUACAGAGACCAGAACAAGUACAAAGAGGCGGCUCACCUCCUGAACGACGCCCUCGCCAUCAGGGAGAAGACACUGGGGAAGGAUCACCCAGCCGUGGCGGCGACGCUCAACAACCUGGCCGUGCUUUACGGCAAGAGGGGGAAGUACAAGGAGGCUGAGCCCCUGUGUAAGAGAGCGCUGGAAAUCCGAGAGAAGGUUCUGGGGCGGUAUCAUCCAGACGUGGCCAAGCAGCUGAACAACCUGGCCCUGCUGUGUCAGAACCAGGGAAAGUACGACGAGGUGGAGUAUUACUACAGACGAGCACUGGAGAUCUACGAGUCCAAACUGGGAGCCGACGACCCAAAUGUGGCCAAGACCAAAAAUAAUCUGGCCACGUGCUACCUGAAGCAGUCAAAGUUCAAAGACGCAGAGGCUCUGUACAAAGAAAUCCUGACCAGAGCGCACGAGAAGGAGUUUGGAUCCGUUAAUAAUGAUAAUAAGCCAAUCUGGAUGCACGCGGAGGAGAGGGAAGAAAGCAAGGGAAGGCGUAAGGACUCUGGUCCAUAUGUAGAGUAUGGGAGCUGGUAUAAAGCCUGCAAGGUAGACAGCCCGACAGUGAACACAACCCUGAAAAGCUUGGGAGCUUUGUACCGUCGCCAGGGGAAACUGGAGGCGGCAGAGACGCUGGAGGAGUGCGCCAGCAAGUCACGUAAACAAGGUAUCGACGCUUUUAACCAGAGUAAAGUGGUGGAGCUGCUGAAAGAUGGAGGAAGUGGAGGGGGCGACAGACGACACAGCAGGGAGGGAGUCAGUGGACCUGGAGGACAGCGAGGGGAGAAUGAAGGGGACGACUCGGCUGAAUGGAACGGGGAUGGUAAUGGGUCUCUGCGUCGCAGUGGCUCCUUCGGGAAACUCCGUGACGCUCUGAGGAGGAGCAGCGAGAUGCUGGUGAAGAAGCUGCAGGGGAACGGACCUCAAGAACCUCGCAACCCUGGACUGAAGAGAGCCAGUUCCCUCAACUUCCUCAACAAGAACACAGAGGAGACCACACAGGAUGCUAACUCGGGAUUAUCAGACUGCAGAGGAUUAAGCUCCAGUAACGUGGACCUGACCAGACGCAGCUCUCUGCUCGGUUAGACGGCGACGGGAGGAGGAGGAGGAAGUGCGGCAGGGAGGAGAGGCUGAUAGCAGCUCGGUUUGAUCAACCAAACACACGUAGAGCAUAAACACUUGCACUCGCAGCGUAUUUUUAAAUGAACAGCAAAAAAAUCACAGUACUAAACAUAAUCCUGUACGACACGAGUCGCUGCCGUCGCUGCUUCACUGUACAAAUGUGAAACACGAUAUUUAGAUAAACAUUUAUCAGCAUGCCCGCUUACUAGAGUGGAACCUGAACGCCUCGCUGCACCGUAGCAAAAACACCGUAUCCACAUUGUGACGGGUCCCGACAUUCAGCCGUAGACGAGCUAAAAAGGUGUGUGUGUUAGUUUCCAUGUCAGAGAUCUAUAUAUUUCACCUGUAGCAUGAAAUCCAAUUUAUGUUUAAAAAAAAAAAAAACAACGUACAAUCCAAUUUAGACGUGAAAGAUGUCGAUGGGUACGAGCGAUCUUUCAAAACGAAACGGCACUAAUCAUUCAAACCUCACUUUUUGCCUUGUUUUUCUUUUCUUAUGUAUAUACAGUUAAAUUAUUUCAUUUGUGUAUAUAGAACAUUUCUUUUGUUGACACUUUAUUGUGUUUAAGUGGAAAAAAUACAGCUGAAAUGAAGGAAAAGCUGAACUUUAUUGAUCCUGGCGUAAAUAUAAUAAAUAAAUACAACUCAAACACAGAAAAGUACAGAUUUUUCAGAUUUUAACUCCCAAAGUACCAAAAAGCACUUUGACCAACAUGAUACUCUAACUGACUGCGGUCAUUUUCAACGGAUCUGCCGAUAAACGUGGACUUUUGGCGGAAAUUUCAACUUUUUCCGCUGCCGCUACAUUUGCAUUACAAGAUUAAUUGGCGAUCGAUUUCUUCUCCGUAUGAAUCAUGUCAAAUUAUUCCAAUUUCAAAUCAAGUAAAAGUCUGGAAAAAAACAUAUUGUGGAGGAAUAAUCAAAGCAGUGUAUUUGAAAGCAUAAUCAGUCUUUCUUCGCUGGUGCGGGUCUAAUCUGACGGACUCUUUAAUCCAGUUACAUCACGCUAUAAUCAAAUUUUCAGUGGUUUAUUCAACUAGGACCUUCAAAACCUUUCCCGUUUCCAGUCAAUAGGGAAGGACUUUAUAUCAUUUUUGUCCAACAGAUGGUAAUACACUCCAGCCUUAAAUCACAAAGCUUUCCUUGUCCCUUGUAGUUAUACAUGUUGACUGCUAGAUGGUACAUUGCGUCGUUUCUUAGUUUAUAAAUGUAUAUUCAAAAUACAGUGGUUAUUUAUUCUGUGUUAUUAUUGUUAGACCGUGUACAGGGAGGGUUUGAGGAAAAACAUAUUUUUUCCGGUAUUGUUUACGUUCAUUCAUGGGAUUCUUUUUUAUAUAUAUUUUGUUUCCUGUUGCUGAAUCAUCGUCACUUUGUAUAAAACAAUCAGUUUUGGUUUUUUUUAUCAUCGGUCGCAAUCAAACAUUCGCAGAAAUCUGACUGAUCGUCCUCCAUGUCGUGAAUUUUUCUUGUGUUGAAGCUUUUUUUUUUUCUCCAUUAUGAGUCCGAUUUAAUCACGAAAAAAGUUUUUGAUUAAAUGAUGGGAUUAAAGGAUGUUAGCAUUUUUCUUUGUUUGCGCUAUGAAAGUAUCAGGAGAUAAAACUUCACCAAAAUGAGACAACACAAAGAAUGUACACGUCUUCAGUUUAAUCCGACUCAGUUUUCUAUCAGGUCGUUCAAGAAAAGUGUGACUUUUUCUUCACGAGCGAACACGUUCAAGUGUCGACGACCCAAGUGACUUUCAAGAAGAAUCUGCAGGUUUGUCCAGGUGCGUUCACACCGUCGCAUUCACAUGCCGCAAGAUCCUAAAGUCGCUUUUCCCGAGUCUAAAAAAGUGCUAAUUAAUCUAUCAGUUUCUGAUUGUGCUAAACGUGAUUAUGUCGCAGAUUACGGAUCGUAACGAAGGAUGAGUACGUGUUAAACGGAAAGGAGUCGUCGGAAGUGUGUUUUGAAAAGAAAAUGGAUAAGUGCUUCAAGUGUCAUUCGUAAGCGAAUAAUGUAUAUAAUUAUCCGCGUCGUACCGUUUUUAUAUGUAAGUUUCCUGUAAAUGUCGCAUUCACACAAGAUAACACAAGUGUAAGCAGGAAAGUUGGUUUGUCGUUGAAGGUCUGAAAUAAAAUAAAAUAAACACAAUACCAAUAUUGUUAA